CCAACCAUUAGCCGCCGACACAGACCGGAGGUUGUACGGCUGCGUUCUCAGGUCGGAGCAGGGAGCUACCGGGGUACGGUAUCUUGGUGUGCCCGACGGGAACGCCCUCAGACACACCCCGCUCUUUCUCUCCUCCAAACGAUCUCUGCCCGACUCUGCUGGGCAAGCCAUCGACAACUUGCUUGUUGUCCAAUCUCGAGAUACGCUGUUCCGGAGCCAUCACUACUUGCCCUCAGUACUCAACCCAUCUUGCAAAAUGGCCAGAGAUGACGUCGACGCCGCCUUUGCGACCCUGACGCCCAUCAACCCAUUGGCUCGGAUGGCAUUUAGUGACUUGUACAGUCGCCUCAUCGCCGGACGGCAGGAUGUCGAUGACAGAGAACGAGCCUUUCGGAUCGGUCGAAACACGGAACUCGUAUCAGAUCGAGAUGUGGAGGCAUUCAAACGACACAUACGUCGCCGGGCAGCCAAGAAGGCCGAUGCAGAUGCAGACCAGGUCAGCGACACUUUGCCAGAUACGCAAUCCAAGUCGGAAGAUAAUUCCAACGACUCGGGGCCGGGAUUGAUCUGGCGCGGUCACUUCAUUCUGAGCUUCAGACCAGAUCCAUCUAGAUUGAUAUUCGGGUGGACCGUAGGGAAGCGUAAGCUCCUUGGUCUUGAGCGUAUAUCCUCCCGCCUGCUAAUGUCCUUGUUUGUAUAUCUACCUUUGCCGACGAAUAUUAACUGUCUGUUCGGCAUAUCCAUUCCUACCUGGCUAGUUAUAGCCAGCGGUGUACUGGUUACAAAACGGCUUUAUAUCUUGAAUAUAUAUACUAUCCGGAUUUCCUCUGGUGUCCUCCAGUACGAAUUCCGCUAUACCGAAUUCGCCAACACGCCUGGGUAUCCUACGCUUCGGGACGAUUUCAUAAGCCGUGUAAAAGGAGAUAAUGGGUUUGUCGAGCUUCCCGAGAUACCUAUACCUUAACCGAACCAGAGCUAGAUUGGCUCAUGGGCAAUGGGCCGCCCGCUAGGAGCGGCCGGCGAGGGUCGUGUUUUCGAAGGCACUAACACCAAGGACGAGGUCGCUACGCUUCAGAUCCACCUACGAAGCAUUGACGUGCCUCGUAGGCACA